AUGGUGGUGCAGUUCGGUGUCCGCAGCGCUGUGAAGAAAGUGCCUGACUUUCUUAGAUGCUUCCCCAACCUGGAGACGCUCCAUGUCCAUUCCCCCAUCUUAUCUGAAGAGCACACUGGCAAGGUCAAUCUCAAGUUCUGGCAGGAGGGUGGUCCCAUCAAAUGCGUGGUGCAGAGCAUGAAGAAGGUGUUCUUCUACGAGUUCCGAGGGUCGAGAAGCGAGGUUGCUUUCCUCAAGUUCAUCGCGGAGCGAGGGCGGGUGCUGGAGCAGGUGGUGGUCGUGGUGGCCGAGGAAUGUUUCUCUCCGGGGAAUGAUGGUAUGAAUGCCAAGCUGAAGCCUCUGACCAGCGCAAAGUGGAACAACAAAUCUUGCAAACCGCAGCUCUUCAAGAGCCCGUUCACUGGCGGGGGAGGUCCAGCUUACUGCCACCAGAUAGCUGCUGAUUUUGGGUUUGCUGACCCUUUCGACCUCCAGUACUACUACAAAGCAGAAAGGAUUCCUGUAAGUUAG